AUGGAGAUUCAGAUCAACAAGAAGAAUAGUGUGUGGACACAAAGCGGGAGAGAGACUGAUUUUCCAGAGACUCAUUCCGUUGCCUUGUCUUGCAGAGAGCAGAGAGCGUCCAUCCGAUUCAAGACCACUCUCGUGAAUACGCUCAUGGACGUCCUUCGCCACAGGCCAGGCUGGGUGGAAGUAAAGGAUGAAGGGGAGUGGGAUUUCUACUGGUGUGACGUCAGCUGGCUCCGGGAGAACUUUGACCACACCUACAUGGACGAGCACGUGCGGAUCAGUCACUUCCGAAACCACUACGAGCUGACCCGCAAGAACUACAUGGUCAAGAACCUGAAGCGAUUCCGGAAACAGCUAGAGCGCGAGGCCGGAAAGCUGGAGGCAGCCAAGUGCGACUUCUUCCCCAAAACCUUUGAGAUGCCCUGCGAGUACCACCUGUUUGUGGAGGAGUUCCGCAAAAACCCGGGAAUCACCUGGAUCAUGAAGCCUGUAGCCCGCUCUCAGGGGAAGGGCAUCUUCCUCUUCCGGAGGCUGAAGGACAUCAUGGACUGGAGGAAGGGUACCGCAGGAAAGAAGCUCACUAGCUUAGAAGCCCCGCCAGCCCGCAGCACUGUCAAUCCUUCUGGAAGCCAUGACGCAAGAAGUUCUGAUGACCAAAAGGAUGAGAUCCCUGUGGAGAACUACGUGGCUCAGCGCUAUAUUGAAAACCCCUACCUGAUCGGAGGCCGCAAGUUUGACCUACGUGUCUAUGUGCUGGUGAUGUCGUACAUCCCGCUUCGAGCCUGGCUGUACCGGGAUGGCUUUGCCCGAUUCUCCAACACCCGCUUCACCCUGAGCAGCAUUGAUGACCAGUAUGUUCACCUCACCAAUGUUGCUGUGCAAAAGACAUCUCCUGACUACCACCCCAAGAAGGGCUGCAAGUGGAUGCUCCAGCGCUUCCGUCAGUACCUUGCGUCCAAGCACGGGCCCGAGGCAGUGGAGAGGCUCUUCAGCGAUAUGGACAACAUCUUUGUCAAGAGCCUGCAGAGCGUGCAGAAAGUGAUCAUCAGUGACAAGCACUGCUUUGAGCUGUACGGCUAUGACAUCCUCAUAGACCAGACCCUCAAGCCGUGGCUCCUGGAGGUCAAUGCCUCCCCAUCGCUGACAGCCAGCAGCCAGGAGGACUAUGAGCUCAAGACCUGCCUCUUGGAAGACACCCUCCAUGUCGUGGACAUGGAGGCCAGGCUCACAGGAAGGGAGAAGAGAGUGGGAGGCUUUGACCUCAUGUGGAAUGAUGGCCCUGUCAGCAGAGAAGAGGGGCCUCCUGACCUGUCUGGGAUGGGGAACUUUGUGGCCAACACACACCUUGGCUGCGUCAAUGACCGGAACAACCAGCUGAGGCAGCUGUUCCGCUCCCUUCAGAACCAGAAGAAAGCCUCCAGUUAGUCCUGGCUGCAGGGACAGCAACCUGACCAGGAGGUGCUCCCCCAUAGUCUCCUCCUCACCCAUUCCCAGCACAGCGGCACCUCCAAGCACUUA